UUUCCCAGGUACCUUAGCCAUGAGCAUUUGCCAGACCUUUUGCAGGGGAGAAUUAAUGUUGUUUACCUGCACGUGUGUGUGUGUCUCUCCUUUAGGACUCCCACCCUCGUUACAUGGGGUGGUGUAGCUGGUACUGGUUUAAUAUGGUUCACAGACUGGAAGCUGGUCCUUCAGUAUGUUCCCUACAUCGGUGGCAAGUUUAAAACUGAAGACUAAGCUUCCCUCUAAUGGAAAUUUAUUGCUGGAUAGAAUGUUUUGGAGCCAUCCGUCCGCUGAGACCCUGCUUUGAGGUGAACUUGAAAUGCCCAAUACAUUGCAACAGGCUGUGGUGUCCCUCUCUCUCCCGUGAACACUUGUGGCCGCUUGGUUGUGAACAAAUUUAACUUCACUGCACAGCCUGUCUCAUACUCUUCCUCUGAUCACUUGCACAGAUCUUGUCCUAAUGGGGGUAAUUUGUAAAUCUGAUGUACAAAAUAAACCAGGUGAAUGGUA